CAGGGUUAGCGUCUGAGGUCAGUCGCUUUUCCAUUCCAAACUCCCAGCCCAUCGGUGAGAGGGGAGGAGAUUCCGGUUACACCCCCCUCCUCGCCUCUCUUUUUCUCCUCACCCCAGACACACACCCUGGAGAGCUGCUUUAUAACUCUGUUCCUCCCUGACCCAGGAACUUAAUUUCCCUCUUGAUGUGCUCGCGCUCUCUUUCUCUCUCCCCAAGGUUGUUCACCAAGCCAUCUUCCUUUCCUAGAGAACCUUCUUCCCCUUAGCCUCUGGCCUGCUGGCUCCAAAAGAUCCAGCACUUUGCCAUUUGCCCCUGGGCCUGGAUUUUAUUAUUUUUAUUUUUUUAAAAAAGAAACUGGAAGAGAAGGCAUUGAGUGAAGAGAAGAAGAGGAGGAGCAGGAGGGCGAACCCCACAACUGGAUGAAGUUCGAGGGAAGAGACUGGGAGCCCCACUUGCUGGUGAAACAUGGACCUUUCCCUCUGGACGGCUGCGCUUUAAGUGAUGCUGCUUUUUGGAAGGCCUCGUGUCUGGCUGCUGGUGGCAGAAGGCAGAAUGGACACUGGCGCGUCCUGGACAGGCGAUAAAAUGAGGAGUGUGUGCUGGGGGGUGUAAGAGCGGAGGGGAGGGAAAAAAGAAGAGCUUUCUUUGGUUUCUUGUUAUUUCCCCCUCCUCCCAUCCCUUCACCUUCCUCUCCCCACUCUCUUUCUCUCCCCCCCCCCCAGCCGCAGCCUCCUUGCAAAUGUGAUUGUUUUGUCUAUCACACAAGGCAAAAGUGGAAGACUCUUCCUGGGUUUUGGGGGUGGGGGAACACACACACAAAAAGGAAGGAGGCGCAGCAGUGGCUGGCAGGAGCUCGGUGGGCGGCUGGAUGCCUUUUUGGACUUUCCUCGGGAAGGGCUCGAAGCGAGAGGGCGGCCAGCGACGGCUCGGAGGGGAGCAGCACCUUCGCGACCCCAUGCUGCCUUCACUCAUCCUGUCUCUGCUGUCUCUCCUGGCAGAAGGGGCCAGCCUGCAGCCAAUCAGGAUGAGCCACCUAGGGGUGUGCCCCAACCAGCUGAACCCCAACCUGUGGGUGGAUGCGCAGAGCACCUGCGAGAGGGAGUGCCAGGCCGAUCAGGAUUGCGAAGGCUUUGAGAAAUGCUGCACCAACGUCUGUGGCCUGCGGAGCUGCGUGGCAGCCCGCUAUGCGGACGGAAGCCUCUCCUCGCUGGAGCUGGUGCAAGAGGCCACAUGCGAGAGCUUUGUGUGCACGCAACAGGGCUCGGACUGUGACAUCUGGGACGGGCAGCCCGUCUGCAAGUGCAAGGACAGGUGCGAGAAGGAACCCAACUUCACCUGCGCCUCCGACGGACUCACCUACUACAACAAGUGCUACAUGGACGCCGAGGCCUGCAUCCGGGGCAUCAGCCUGGCCGUGGUGCCGUGCAAGUACAUUUUCACCUGGCCCAACACCAGCCCGGUGCCGAUGGAGACCACGGCUCACCCGACGCCCGGCACAGGCACUGAGCUGCCCAUACCGCCGGCCCUCUACAACAACCCCUUCCACCAGUUGGUCUACGUGGGGGGCACGGUCAGCUUUCACUGCGAUGUGAGUGGGCGGCCGCGCCCUGACAUCACGUGGGAGAAGCAGAGCGACCACCAGGAAAACUUCAUCAUGCGGCCCGACCAGAUGUAUGGCAAUGUGGUUGUGACCAACAUCGGCCAGCUGGUCAUCUACAACGCCCAGCCGGAGGACGCCGGGAUCUACACUUGCACGGCCAGGAACUCCGCCGGCCUCCUGCGGGCGGACUUCCCACUGUCUGUUGUCAAGAGAGAGCACUCCAGAGGGGAGCCGAAGGCAUCCAGCCCUCCUCAGCUCCCGCCCGGCGAGUGCCUGAAGGAGCCUGACAAGCAGGAAUGCGAGGCCUACCAAGUCCGCUGGCAUUUUGACUCCAAGAGAGGCUUGUGCACCACUUUCCGCUAUGGCGGUUGUGGGGCUAACCAGAAUCACUUCGACACCUACGAAGAGUGCCAAGUGGCUUGUGUCAAUAACGCCGUCAACCUCUGCACUCUCCCCAUUGUGCAGGGCCCCUGUAAGAACUGGGAGCCCCGCUGGGCUUACAACCACCUGAUGAAGCAGUGCCACUCUUUCAUCUACGGAGGCUGCGAGGGCAACGAGAACAACUUCGAUGGCAAGGAGAGCUGCGAGGACGUCUGCCCUUUCCCCAAGACGCUGCAGUGCAAAGCCUGCCGUCUGAAGAGCAAGAUGGUGCCCAGCCUCUGCCGCAGCGACUUCGCCAUUGUGGGACGGCUGAUGGAGAUCAUCGAGGACCAGGAUUCUGGCAUUGCCCGCUUUGCCCUGGAUGACAUCCUCAAGGACGAGAAGAUGGGCCUCAAAUUCUUCAACAUCAAGUACCUGGAGGUGACCUUGACAGAUAUGGACUGGAACUGCCCCUGCCCCAACAUGACCACCGAGGACGGGCCCCUCAUCAUCAUGGGCGAGGUGCAGGAAGGCAUGGCAGUCCUCGACCCCAACAGCUAUGUCCGGGCCGCCAAUGAUAAGCGGGUCAAGAAGAUCCACGAACUGCUGGAGAAGAAGACGUGCGAACUUCUCAACCGGUUCCAGGACUAGCAUGGGCGGCAGUGACAGCUGCUGCUUGUCUGUGGCAGAGAAGGGAAGGCAGACGAAGGCUGACGUCUCUUUCCCCAAGAGACUCUGCUCUCCUUUUCUUGUGCUGUGCUGCAGCUAUGCAAGGACUGGGUUGGAGACUGGCAGGACAAAUCUGGCACUCCUGGAAAGCCCAUGAGCCUCCAAGUGGGUGCAGAGGGGCGAAUCCUUAUUCCAUGCCACCUCCACGGACCUGCCUCUCAUUUUUAGAUGUUUUCAGUUAUUAUCACUACUGUUUCAAUGAGCUCCAUUAUUGCUUGUAACUACCUAUUGUCUGUUUUUGUGUGUGAGAGAGAGCUGUAAUUUAUCUGCGCCUGUGACAUCCCUUCAGCCCAGCCUAUGUGGAAUUAAUAAUAAUAAUAACAAAAAGGAAAUCCUGUGUUCCUUCUACACUGGAGGUUGUUCUCUACCAGCCCCUUUCUUUCCUGUUGUAAAAGCAAAUUCUGCUUUUAGCCCAGAGUUACUAGCGAAAAAGGUCAUGAGGACUAGCCUCCCAUCAAAUAAUGGCAAAGGGGAGGGGGAGAAACAGGCUUACUGUAGCCGGAUGCGGGUGGGGAGCAGAGUUUGCAAAAUGUGAGAGGGACCUUCCUAAGGAAGGAAGAACAAUUGCUAAAGGAGAAACAGAAAGUGACAACCACCUGCCCCAAAUGUGGCUGGAUGAGGAAAUUAGAUCCUCUUUGGCUUUGAUUUGCAGUGCUCAUGUGGCUAUUCCACUUUUGGAUUUGUUCUUAAGGCAGGGAUGGGGAAAUUGCCCUCCACAUGGAUGUUGUAGUUCAGCAACAUCAAAGGACUGUUUUAAAGCAAUAUUGUGGGCCUGCAGCAGUGCUGGCCAAAGCAGAAUCGCCUCCCCGUCACAAGCAAUCCUAUGCAGAGCCACACUUAUUUGCACAAUCAGUUUGGGGUUAUUUUGCUGUGUGCAGCAAUGGACAGAAAAACAACCACUUAAAAGUCUGCAUGAACCCUUUCUAGUUCUACUGUGGGAGGAAAAAUGCUUCUGAUGACUGCCUGAUGCUGGAAGCUCAAGAGUGGAGACUCCUGUUUGAGUCUCCCUGCCUGGGCAACUGUCAGAACAGGAUACUGGACUAGGUGGGUCAUUUGCCUGAUCCAAUAGACUCUUAUAUUCAGAGAUGGAUUCUGGAUCAAAUUGAUUUUAUCUUCUCAGGUUACGUAUUGCAAGGUUUACUCCUUUGUUAUGGAAGCUGCUUUGAACAUUAUUAUAACAGAAAAGUGGGGGUACAACUAUUUAAUCUAAA